AUGACUUUCAAAGGUUUGAGACUUAAUGUUGUUACUGAAUUUGUUGCUGGUAUUAUCAUUCCCGGUGAUCCAUUAGCUAAUGUAACAUUUAAAGUCUAUGGAUAUAUUACUCAAUAUCAAGCUCUACUUCUAAUUUCUGAUUUAAAACUAGGUCAUUAUAUGAAGAUUCCACCACGUGCUAUGUUUGUUACUCAAUUAGUAGGUACAAUUGUAGCAGGCAUUGUUAAUUAUUUAACAGCGAACUAUUUGAUGAAUAAUAUUCCAAAUAUUUGUACACCAAAAAAUACCCGAUGGACAUGCCCUAAUGCUAAUGUAUUUUUUAGUGCAUCUAUUAUUUGGGGAGCUAUCGGUCCAAUAAAAAUGUUUGGCAAAGGAUCUAUCUAUUCACCACUUCUCUAUGGUUUUCUCAUUGGCGCUCUUAUUCCUAUACCAUUCUGGCUUCUGAUGAAAAAAUUUCCUAAUGUUAAAUGGUUGAAAUACAUUCACUUUCCGAUCAUGCUAUCAGCGACAGGAAUGAUACCACCGGCUCCAGCAGGUAGUUAUCCGUCAUGGCUUUUAGCUGGGUUUAUUUUCAACUAUAUACUUAUUCGACAUGCACGAUCAUGGUGGAGACGAUAUGCGUAUGUUUUUUCGGCAGCGAUGGAUUGUGGUGUAGCUUUUGGUGUAUUGAUCAUAUUUUUCAUGCUGCAAAAUAAUGGAUUGGAAUUUCCAACAUGGUGGGGAAGCGGUGGGCAAACUGGAGAUGGUUGCCCAUUGUCACAUGCUAAUUACUCGGGAAUUAUUCCUAGAGAUCAUACAAUAUUUGUCGGUUGA